GUUUGAGUCUUGUCGAUAGAAACAUACAUAUACAUAUUCGUACACACAUAUACUUAAUAAAAGAGAGCCGAUAAUAUUAAUAAUAUUAUAAAAAAAUGUCAGAGGAGGCAUCAAAUAAACGACAGCGCGUUAGCAAGGCCUGUGAACAAUGUAGACGAAAAAAAGUCAAAUGUGACGGAACAAUACCCGUCUGUGGAAAUUGUGUUUCUCUUAGUCUCGGUUGCACUUACAAGGAGUCCACAAAAAAGAGAGGUCCGCCAAAGGGCUACAUAGAAGCAAUCGAAGGCCGGUUGCACAGACUUGAAGCACUGCUGGGCAGCAUCAUACAAGAAGACGAUCCGAGAUCACAAGCAAUUUUGGCCGAACUAAAUGCACCAUUGGAAACAGCCUAUGGAGAACUCGUUCGACCUCGGCCAAUGAGACGAACCAUGACUCUUGGAUAUGAAGAAGGCCAAGUAGAGCCCUAUCCAGACCACCACACCCACAGCAACAACCACCGCCACCAAUCUACUGACCCGCCCUCUUCAUCUUCAUCUACAGCCACCCCUUCAAACUUUGGUGGUGCAGAGACAGCAAACGAUAAUCUUGGAAAUCUUUCAAUUGACGAAAGUGGACAACUCCGAUACUAUGGAAAAUCUUCUGGCUAUUACAUGCUCAGAAGUAGCAAGAACUUCCAGAAUGGAGCCUUUCACUUCAAUUCUCGCGGAUACCGUGCAAGAGCAGAGAAUAGAAAGCCAUCUGGCUACCCAAUGGCAGUCGACCCAUUUGAAAUGCCCCCAGACGACCUGUCUCAGCAUCUACUAGAUCUGUACUUUGCCCAUUUCUAUCCCCUUGUCCCACUUUUACACAAAAAAUCAUUUUUGGAGGCUUUCAAGAGCAAGGACCGAAAACCAGCCCCUCUCUUGUUAAAUUCCAUCUACGCUGUAGCCUCACGCAUCUCACCGGAUAUACGAGUCAGAGCUGACCCGAACUUGCCCGACACUGCUGGAGAUUUAUUCUUCGAACGAGCAAGAAUUCUUUUAGAUCUUGAAUGGGACGAUUUCAAAGUGUCAACUGUACAAUCUCUUUUGUUGCUCAGUAGCCAUCAAAAUGGCGCUCUCAAGAAUAUCCGCGGCUGGCUCUAUAGUGGACUAGCAUUAAGAAUGGGGCAGAAUCUCGGUUUGAACAGGAAUUGUAAUGAUUGGGACCUAUCAGCAACUGAAAAAGAAGAACGCAAACGAUUAUUCUACUGCUGUUUCGUUCUCGAUCGACUGACUUGUGGCAUGCACGGACGCGCACCAAUGAUCGACGAACGAGAUUAUGAUACACCUUAUCCAACCGAAGACGACGAAGACGACGUUGGACAUUCGCCGAGAAUUAUCGAAAAUUUUACCCAACUCAUUAAACUCUGCGAACUACUCGGGGCCGUACUGAGAGAUUUAUACACAGUUAAAGGACGAAAACAAUUGUCUGUCAUGGCAUCCCCUGACAGCGUUAUUUCAUCACUCGAUCGCGGUUUGAAUAAAUGGAUGGCCAAACUUCCACAAAACUGUCAAUAUCGCCCACCAAACAGUCGCCUCAACGAAAAGGCACCUGCUCCCUCACUUGAAUUAUGCCAGGUUCAUAUGCUAUUCUACACCACCCUAAUUCUUCUUCACCGCCCAUUCAUUCCAGGUCCCACUCAAUCGACAUCUCCAUCUGUAUUUCCUUCGGCAUCGAUUUGCAGUUUUGCGGCAAAUAAGAUUCUUGACAUUGUAGAGUCCCUGAUGGCUGAGGGCCGCCUAAAGAAUGUUAACAACUAUUCAUUAUACUUUAUGUUCACGGCUGGAAUUAUUUUUAUUAACGAUGCUGCUUCAGACGACAGUAUGUUUGCGUUUGAGGCCAAAAUCAGUAUUAACAAGAUCAUCCGUGCCAUGGAUGAAAUUGAAGCUACAUGGAUCACUUCCGCUCGUCACUGCAAUAUUUUGGGUGAACUAGCUGGUCUAAGGGAUAUUAACCUUGAGGCAGUUGACGAUAGUUACAUUAGACAAUCAGAGAGAAUCAAAGUACAGGCACCCAUGUCUAUUGCCGUCCCUAAUUCCCCUGAUACUAUUCCUGAUGCCAUACCAGACAUAAUUGAAGAACUUCGACACCCAAUUGAUGUAGACCGACGCAUGACUCUUAAACAACCCGGUUACCUAGCUGUAAAUUACAACUCCAAUAUAACCUCUGUACAAAGUGUGUCUUCUGAAGAGAGUGGUAUGCCAUCUUAUCCUCCCCUUACACAACCUCAGUCUCAGUCUCAGUCUCAGUCUCAGUUUGAUUAUCCUCAACUACCACCAAUGUCAUUUUCAGAUAAUAACGGCCAGUCUAGCCGACCAUUUGAUCAAGUUGGGACCGCAUUCUGGGGUAUGCCAACUUCAUUUGACUUUGAUGAAUGGAACGACUACUUUAGUCACCGAAAUCAACAACAGGCUCGGGCUGACGCUAACUUGUCCGGCCCGGCUCUGAGUCAACCAAUGAAUCAACCAUUGAAUCAGCCGGACAUGAGUCAAACAUUUAAUGGUGUCCGGCCCGACCGAUCAGACAUUCGCCAAAUGUGGUAACAUGGCUCUGUCGGCGAUUCAUUUUGCAUUCAACCUUGUUAUUUUCCAUCCUCUUUAUCGAGGUUGUAUUUUAUCUCAUUCCAUUCUAAUACACUCCACACUCACACUUUCACAACAACAUUCACCAAUCAAAAAAACGACAUUCACUCAUUCACAAAUAUAUACAUAUUAUAUAAUUAAAUAAAAAUAUCGCGUAUUACUACUACUACUACUAUUAAUAUCACUAUUACUAUUACUCCUAUAAAUCCUAAAGUUAUCGCUUUGAAUAACCAGCACAGGUCCACAUAACUGCUCUCCAGAUUAUAGAAAGGCCAGCAAGGCCGGCUACAACAAUACCACCAUAGAACAGUGCAUCAUGGGCAACUUUUCCGCAAAGAGUUGGGCACGGAUCAGAGUUGCCUGGAAUGCUUUCGGCAAGGUCUGUGCACUUUGUGCUGCACUGAUCACUGAUAACCUUAGCAGAUACAACCAUGGCAAUUCCACCUGCGCAAAAGGCUAUUGCUAUAAGCAUGCAGAAACAUGAGCAGCAUGUAAGGGCAGGGUUGUAGCAGCAGCAGUUACAGCUACUACUGCGACGGUCAUCUGAGUAAGGUCUAGGGCGGUAUGAUUCGGCUUCAUCUUUUGGUGCUCGCUUUGGACCUAAUUCUAGUUGUGUUUCCUUGUACGGUUUUGUCUUGGUCUUCUGGUGCUGUACCAUGGGUGAUUCGGGUGAUUGAGAGACCUCAUGAUCUUCUUCUUCUUGGUACUGUGUAUAAUAUUGAUCCGAUUGAUGUACUGGUGUGGUUUGGUAAAAAUGUGCAGGUGGGAUAUGUUGUUGUU